AUGUCUGCAACAAGGUCCAACUACGAGCCGACGACCAGCGGACUCGACAGACUCUCCUCAGUAUGCUACACGAUACCCUGGCGGCCAAAAAAGAGACCAAAAAAGGUUACUUCAGGCAAUGACAAGUCAGAGCAAAACCACCAGCCGCCAUUUCCCGUGCUGACCGAGUUUGAGGCUGACAGCAAACCAGCCCACGUCCGAUAUGCUUCAUACCAGAUCGCAGUUCAGAGGACAGAAGCUCUCUUCGAUAGGUGCAUGGACAAUGUCUACAGCUCGCUCUUCGACGAUUUGAGCACAUUCUUCAAGGCGGCGCAAGCUCCGGCGCAUUCCGAAGAACAUUCUGCCACCCAAGUUGGAAUGAUGAACGAGGAUCUCUUUCUGCCUGGAUUCGAAAGCGCUGAUCAAGCCCAUUCAAGCUUCAGUGGAAUUCACAGCUCUGCGACGAGCAUUCAGGCGGCUUUGCUCAUUUCCACCUCGGCGCCAUACCUAUCUUCCUUCUCGAAUCGUCUCGUUUCUCAUAUAUCGAAUCCAAGCAUCGACGCACCGCCCAGCAUCGCCGUCACUCUUUCCGCAAGCGAGUGCUCUAACCUCUAUACCGCGCUUCGACUUCUAGUAGCACGGUUUAUCGCGCAAGGCUCGGUCAUCGAUACGGCACAACACGUCGAGUUGUCGGAUGUAGAGGCUGCUGCAUUUGCAGGCAAGAUCGAGCCAGACCUUCAUGUGCUUGGAGAUUGGUGGCAGAGCAAGUUUGGUCACUUGCAACGCCGACCUAAGUUGGUACUCAACCUGCCUACCAUCGAGUCUGUUGAGCCUACAGUGCUCUCGGAUCUCUUGUCAGCCUUGCAGACUUUUAUAGCUGAGUCGCCAGACUCAAAGCCUUCAUUACACGACACAAAAGCAGCAGCUUCAAUGAGGCCCCAGCUCCUGCUGGUCCUAGGCAUUACUUCACCAUCAGGAGACCUCACUGCAGUUUCAGCCGAUGGAACUGGCGUAUCGAGCACUUCAUCCGCAACAGCAGCACCGGCGCCUUGGAUCGAUUACAUCCCACGACAAGUAUUGCGAGUGCUCGAUAUCUCGCGCUUUUCACUUCCGAGCAAGGAAAUCGUCUGGUCGCAGCUCGCGCAGACUUUCCUCACUUCCCGCCACCUACCUCUCUCUCUCGGACCGUCGACUUUCGAAUACAUCAGAGAGACGUACUGGGAGAGGGAUGCUGACCUAGAUUCGGUUCUCGAUGCCAUUCAUUUGGCGUAUUUUGUUCACUUUUCUAGCAAACCCGAAUCCGUGUUCACAAUCCCAGGCCAGGCCAAGAUGGUCCACCUCCACAGCUGGACACCAAAGAUGGUGGAAAGGAUGAAGAUUGCCUUUCUCGCCACCGACGAAUCUGGUGGUUUGGUGUUACCACUCCUCGCAGACGAUAUGCGUCCGUCAGAACUGAACGUCGACGAAUUCUUGCAAGAGGCUCUGCAGUCCGACCAGUUCAUCCUCAGCGAGCUCGGUCAGCUCCAUCAUCCGCGCGAGGUGCUUUGCUUCCGAAUCGAGUUCGCUGUCCGCUUCCUCUUUCGAGCCUUUGAAGGGCUGAUGCGUAUUCAAAGUCGAGCUACUACAGCUGCACACGCGAUACACUCUCGCAACAUUUCCGCUGCGGCACAGCAGGCAGUCGAGAUGGACGAACAACGCCAAUUGGAGCGCGCGAGUGAAAUCUUGACGCAAGUUGUCAUGCAGUGCCUAAACGCGUCAGUGGGCUCAUUGGAUGCAAGCAAGCGACCUCCACCAGCUCUCACGCUACGCAACGGUCUAGCGAGGCUUUGCAAUGCUGCUCGACGACUGCUAUCAGACGAGUUCGAGACGCUGCUGGAUGACAUGGUGGCGGCGGCGGAGGACGAAAUGAGUAGGCUCGAGGAGGCAAUGGGUGAACAGAUUGAUGUUGCUGAUGAUGUCGAGUCGAGUGACUCUGGCCAGCUGCGAUCGGCGUCGGUAUCCAUCGUUGCACAGAGUGCACGGUUCCUUGCUGGGCUUCGAACUUUCCAGCAGAGACUAGCACAAACCAUGAUUGCUGGUACUGCAGGUGUCAACGAGGACGAAGAUGCUGAAAUCGCUGCUUCUACUUUCCACCAUGCCGACAGUAGUCAAGCUGCGCAGCAGAAACGUGAAGCGCGUCUCCAACGCGUCCAACGAAAGCUUCUUAUGGAAGAAAAACUGCUUGGCCUUAAGCGAGAGAUCACCGACUGGAUAGUUCACUCGCUCCACGAUCUCGUCGACUGGAAGCACAUCUCGUGCACGUUCUCAACCUCGGACAACGGCCCUUUGCACUUACUUCGCGAUAUCUUCUGGGUCGAUUGUUACGGACCCUUGGCCACUCUUCUCGAUCCAUCCACACGCGCAGGUCUCACGCUGCCCUUGUCGGAACCCGUAGAGUUUGUCGAAAGCCUCUACGAAGCCGCAUUGAGCCUUGUACCUGCCGACGAGCUUGGCGGGAUCGAUAUGGGGCGGCUUAAAACCCUGGACGAGCCAGAUGUGUGUCGGCUAUUUCGGUUGUAUCUGGAAUGUGCCAAGUUUGUCAACUUGGCCGAUUGGUACGAUGCAUUCAAGCAGACGGUUGAGGCGGAUCAGAUCGCCGACCGGGCGGAAAGCAAUUCGAUUCAAGGUGAUGCACUGCAAGAGCAUCGACAAGCUUCAGUGGAUGCAAAUGCGGACGAUCCAUCGACAACGAGGAGAAGUACUCGCAAGCGCGCACCACAAGUGCAAUAUCUAGACGAGUCCGAGCAUGAACCAGACGCGCCGGACACUCGGUCCCGAAAAUCUCGCACUCACGCAAUAACCCGCGAACAACGCAGAGGCUCAGACGCAACGACGGCAACCACCGAAUCCGUCCUACAGAGCCGCUUCGCCCUAGCCCUCAACGAACUAGCCCGCAUGGGCAUGAUUCGUGGCACCAGACGAAGACAUGAACACAUUACAAAAGUCAUGUGGGACCUCGUUCCGGAUAGCUUCUAG